AUGAACUGCACCUUCAAACUGGCUUUACUCUCCUCACUCAGUUGGAUCUCAGUCUCAGGUUUUCAGUUUCACACAGCGGUGGCUCAGACUGGUGAAGGAGUCACACUGUGGUGCUCCAACAUGAGCACUUAUCGCUCUCAGGUGUUCUGGUUCAAGCUGGACGACAGAGCCAGAUGCAUCUCUUCGAUGCUGAACGCCGAAUCCGCCCCGUCGUCCUACGAGCCGUUCCAGCCGGAUAAAUUCACCAUGGAGUCCGACUCCACAAACAUCUCCCUGCGCAUCAAACCGCUGGACGCCAACGACUCUGGCUUGUAUAUCUGUGGACAUUAUUUUGAUGCGUUUCCUACCGUUUUCACCGCAACCUAUUUAAAGGUUGAAGAAAUAUCAGUCGAUUCUUCUGAGGAACCUGAUGCACCAGAACAUUUAAUGAACUGGAUCCUGGGUGCCAUCAUCAUAUUUCUUUUAAUUGCCCUCAUUGGUUUUAUUGUGAAAAUCAGGACCUUGUCUGCAGACAGAAAGACUCUGCAACAUCAUGAGAAUUUAGACUCUCAUGACAUGAACUACGCAGCGCUGAGCUUCCCUCCAAAAACCAAGAGCAACAGAAGACCUGAAGCACAAAGAGAUCUGGAGACAAAUGUUCUGUAUUCUGCUACAAGACAGACCUACUAG